UGAAAAAUAUUAUAACAUCAACCCAAUUGUCACCAUUUUCAACUCUCUUAUUAAUCCUCUAAUCAUUAUAUCGUAUUCCAGAAACAUUUGUUCAACAACUAACCUUGUUAUAAAACUUUUAUAACAGAGUAUUCCUGUGACCAAAAAAACAGCAAUGGACCUCUUUUACAAGGCUAAAGCAGUACGCCUAAGAAGUUACCACGACAAAUACUUAACAGCAGAAGAAGAUGAAGAAACAGUAAUCCAAGAUCGAGAUGGUGCAUCCAAAAAUGCAACGUGGACAGUAGAAUUCAUCAACAACAAUUCUGAAAAAAAUAUCAUACGUCUCAAGAGUUUUUAUGGCAAGUACCUUACUGCUUCUAACCAGAGAUUUCUUUUAGGGAUGACGGGGAGGAAAGUGUUACAAACUCUGCCAAGAAGACUUGAUUCUUCAGUUGAAUGGGAACCCAUUAGAGAAGGGAAUCAAGUGAAGCUUAAAACAAGAUAUGGUCAGUUCUUGAGAGCUAAUGAUAGUAUUCCACCUUGGAGAAAUUCAGUUACACAUAAUAUACCUCAUCGUACUUCAACUCAAGAUUGGGUUUUGUGGGAUGUUGAUGUGGUUGAAAUCUUGGUUCAUUCUCCUGCUCCUAAGCCUCCUCCACCAUUGAUUCCUCACGAGGAAUCGGUUGCUGCUUCUGAAUCUAGUUCACCAUCAAUUGUUUCCUCAGCAUCUCCGGCCAGCUUUUCUAGACAAGAGUCAGGAGAGUUUUUGGCUAGUUCAUUGAUGAAGUUUGGAGAUGGGAGGCUGAUUUAUUAUCAUAUUGUCGACGAAUAUGGAGAAAUCAAUGAGGGAGUGGAGGGGCUUUGCAUACCUUUCAAGGGAAAUAGCGUUGAGGAGCUGACGAAGACAUUGGAGGAAGAAACUGGGCUUGAGGACAUUACUGUGUGUACUAAGAGUCCUUUGAAUGGGAAGCUUUACCCUCUUCGUCUGCAGCUUCCUCCCAACAAUGCAAAUAUGGAUGUCAUUGUUGUACCAUCUGGCCUCAUCUAAAGUAGCAGGAGAUUUUCCAAAUGCAAGGAUGCCAAUGUAGAGCAAUUUGGAGGGCACUAUAAUUGGUGCAACAGAACAUCAUCUUUCUAGCAUUUUGGUUCAUCAACCUAUUCAGUCCUCAGUGGUUAUAAAGCAUGUACAUAUAUUGUUUUGUGAAGGGAGUUGAAAGAUAGUUGUCACUAAAUUAGUUAGUUUGGCAGAUAUAUACUAUAUCCUUGCACUGAAUAAUGAAAAAUGAAGGAGAAUAGGUGGAAGAAGGGAGAUUCUUUUAAUUUUUUUCUCCCUUUUCAGAGGGGGUGGGUGGCAUUGUUUCUUGAACUGAAUUUUGUAGCUAGAGUUUUCUAUUGUUUGGCUGUAAAUUCUUUAUCAUUGAGAUCCAAGUUUACCACUUUCUCUUGAUUGUCUUGAAGGGAUUGCAUACAUGUGUUACUUUUGCCCUCCAAAAGA